AUGAACUGUUUUCUUAUGAGUUUUCACUCAAUUGUGUCUCAUGAUGUGGAUGGGGAGACUGAAUCAAGUGAUGAUGAACUUUUGAAGCUCAUACUUGAGGUACUUGAGGAGGAUGAGCAUGAAAGACAGUUCACGGAGGAUCUACUAAUGUUUGGUAUGUACAAUGACACUUACUUCCACAAAACUAAGAAGAGAAAGACCAUUGAAACCGGUCAUGAUUGGGUUAUGAGAAAUCUAGCAGAUGCUGGCAAAUGCUAUAACAUGUUUAGAAUGAGUAGACCAUUGUUUGAUCGACUGCAUGAUCUGUUGGUGGAAUUAUAUGGCCUGAAGUCCACAUCAAAGAGUACUUCAGUAGAGGUCUUAGGAAUGUUCCUUUGGAUGGUUGGUGCACCUCAGUCAGUCAAGCAAGCCGAGAAACGAUUAGAGAGGUCACUAGAUACAGUUCACCGCAACUUUGACAAAGUUUUGAAAUGUGUUGUAAAGCUAGCAGCUGACAUAAUUAGGCCAGUGGACCCUGAAUUUAGAACAAUGCACCGUAGGUUGCAGAAUCCUAGGUUCUUUCUACACUUCAACAAUUGUAUAGGAGCAUUAGAUGGUACUCAUAUACCAGUUGUCAUGCCAAAUGAUAAGGUGGUUCAACAUCUAUGUCGGAAGGGCUUCACUACACAGAAUGUGCUUGUUGUUUGUGACUUUGACAUGAGGUUCACAUUUGUUCUUGCGGGCUGA